GGGACUGAAAGUGGUUCGUUUGAAAACAGGCAUACAGCUUUCUGCAGUAGUUUCAGUCUGAUCGUUUUCUGUUUCAUGUUCCAGUACAGUAGGGUAUGGUUGGGUUUCAUGUCCACAGUAAAUGAAGUCUGCGAGUGAGUGAAUAAGGGACUGGUCUGGGAUCCGGGAGAAUCUACAGUAGCUAAUCGUGUUUUUAAUCAUUAUUUUGCUCUGUUUGAGGCAUAUACAAUGCAGUCCCUUUCACAGGAAAUUAAGGGAUUUUCCAAGACUAACCUGAAAAAGCAAAGUACCCGAGUGACAGCGUUAAGUGGCCGGCGGACCAUAGAAACGUGGGAAGGCUCGACCGUGGAAGUUGUUGAAGACGUUUCGGAGCCCGGGAGGGGUUGCGGUUACGUCCACGAUUACAGCAGUGAUUUACAAGUCGGUAUUAUUAGGCCUUAUCUACUGCUUGGGUCACAAGAUGUUGCCCAGGACUUAAGUACUUUAAGGAAAUUUAAGGUAUCACAUAUAUUGAAUGUUGCAUAUGGUGUUGAAAACGCCUUCCCUUAUGAGUUUAUUUAUAAAUCUUUGGAUAUACUGGAUCUUCCGGAGACUGCCAUCACCUCAUAUUUCCAGGAGUGUUUUGAGUUCAUCGACCAAGCCAAAGCAGCCGACGGAGUGGUGUUGGUACACUGCAAUGCUGGAGUCUCUCGAUCAGCCUCAAUAGUCAUUGGAUACCUGAUGUCCAGAGAGGGGCUGGCUUUUGAUGAGGCCUUCACCUCCGUUAAAAAGGAACGGCCUGCCGUUUGUCCCAAUCCAGGCUUCCUCAUACAACUGAAAAAUUUCAAACCGCAAGAGGGCGUACACCUAGGUGGUGCCAUCCACACGCUCAAACAGAGCUGAACGCAUGCAUCGUAUCACUGCAUUCUAACCUGUGGUAUUUUUUGCAACAGUUGCAGAUAUGAAGGUCAGAUUUUGGUAUUUGAACUGCAGUGUUUUUACAGCAUUCUCGUGUCGUGAAGCUGAUGAGGUGUUUUGACUGUUGAAGUGUUGAAUUAAGCUAAGUGAAACUGAGAGGUCAACAAAAUAGCCACACGUUUCUCAGAAGUAUGUGCCAUUUAUACAAUAUUGGCUUAAGUUAAUACAGCACCCAGCUCAGAUCUGAACAAUUCAUUUCUGUUUUCACUUGUUUCAGAUAUUUUGCCAAAAAAGGGAUGAUGUCCACUCACUGUGUCUGACAGUGGGGUGUCUGUUGUCAGUUCUUUUUUUGGAUGAAGUGUUUAAAGUGUGUGUUUUAAUGGCUGCCUAUGUAGUGUGUGCAUGGCACAGGUGACCUAAUAUUUACUAACUAAUACUUUCUUCCAGGUGACCUAAACGAUU